AUGGCUGCUGUGGGCAAGUUUGUAUGGCAAGUAGCACAAAAGGAGGAUGUGUUGUGGAUUAAAUGGAUCCAUAGUGUAUAUAUUAAGGAUCAGGGAUGGUGGGAGUAUAAAGCUCCUGCUAGUGCGAGUUGGAUUUGGAAAGGUGUAUGUAAAGCAAAAGACAUAUUGAAGGAUGGUUACCAUAACAACAAUUGGGGUAAUGGCAGCAAAAAGUAUACAGCUAAGGAGGGGUAUAAUUGGUUGAAAGGCCAAUAUGCAACUGUAGGGUGGCACCAUUGGGUGUGGAGUGGUAUCAAUGUCCCAAAGCAUGCAUUCAUAAGCUGGAUGGUAGCACUAAGGAAAGUCAAGACAAAGGAGAGAUUGAAGGCAGCUGGUGUGUGUCAAGAUGAAGCUUGUUUACUAUGUAUAACAGGCACUGACAGUUGUAUGCAUCUAUUUUUUAGAUGUUACUUCAGCAGAACAGUAUGUAGUAGUAUUAUGAAUUGGCUGCAGAUUCAUGUGGGGCAACAAGAAUGCUUAUACUCUACUUGGAAGAAGUGGGGAAGAAAAUACAGAAGUAAAAAGCAACAGCAGGUUUGUUACUGUGCAUUAGAUGCAAUAGUAUAUCAUAUCUGGAGAGCAAGGAACCAUUCCUUGUGGGAGGGUGUUGUGCUUAGCCCAGAUAGAGUAGUACAAAGUAUAAAACAGGAGGUUAUUGGUAGGGUUAACUGGGUAAUGCAAACUUGGCCUGAUGAUGUUAAAACCUGGUUUAAUAAUCUGAGUACUUAA